AUGGUAAAUAUGAAAAACCUCUACCUCUACCAUAUCAUUUAUGAAUCUAUGACAGCCUGUUUAAAACAAUUUAUUUGUUUAUUAAUUUUACUAAGCCCCCACAUUGCUAUUGCUAAUGAAGUGCUACCCCCAAAAAAGGUCAAUUGGCCAUUUGAAGGAGCCUUCGGUACAGUAGACCGAAAAGCUGCGCAGCGAGGGUUUCAAGUCUAUAAAGAAGUUUGUGCCGCUUGUCAUGGCUUAUAUAAUUUAUACUACCGUAAUCUUAAAGAUUUAGGUUUUUCUGAUGCAGAAAUAAAAGAAAUAGCAAAAAGUUAUACUAUCCAAGAUGGACCCAAUGACCUUGGUGAAAUGUUUGAAAGAGCAGCCCUACCAUCUGACCAUUUUAGCCGCCCCUACCCUAAUGAGCAAGCAGCUCGGGCUGCCAACAAUGGAGCUUACCCUCCCGAUCUAUCGUUAAUUAUUAAAGCACGCUCUAAUGGAGCUAAUUACCUCUACUCUUUACUCACCGGCUAUACUAACCCCCCUGACCAUUUUAAAUUAAUGACAGGAUUACACUAUAAUCCCUAUUUUCCUGGUAGUCAGCUGGCAAUGCCUGCGCCUUUAACUGAUGGUCAGGUUAGCUAUAUCGACGGUACAGAGGCGUCAGUAGAACAAAUGGCUAUGGACGUCACAAAUUUCCUACAAUGGGCAGCUGAGCCUGAGAUGGAAAACCGUAAAUCUCUAGGCUUAAAAGUCAUAUUAUUUUUAGUAGUCUUUACUAUUUUUUUUGUUAUUUCUAAAAAUCGCAUCUGGCAGAAUGUCAAGUAA